AUGGAGCCAGUUCGUCUUUACUAUAGCUACAACGAUGUUCAUAAAAUGUGUGCUGAGCAAGCCAACCACAUCCUACAAGUUUUUCGACCGGAUGUGAUUAUUGCCAUUGGCGGUGGUGGUUUUAUUCCUGCUCGUAUUCUCCGUACCUUCUUGAAGAAGAAGGGAAGCAAAAACAUUCCCAUUCAAGCCAUUGGUCUCAGCUUGUAUGAGGAUCUAACCACCGACUCUCCUGAAGAAGUCCCAGGUGUCGAGGUCAAACGUACCCAGUGGUUGGAUUUCAGUACUUUGGGUAUGGUCAGCUUGGUCGGAAAAAACAUUUUGAUUGUGGAUGAAGUCGACGAUACCCGUACUACUCUUCACUAUGCUGUUCGUGAGUUGGAGCGCGAUGUUGCAAAGCAAGCAAAACUAUUGAACCGUGAACAUGAAAAGACUAGUUUUGGUAUUUUCGUCGUUCACAACAAGGUCAAACCCAAGAAUGCAGAACUCAACAAAGAGCUUGUCGAAAACUACUACUUUGCCGGCUGCAAUACUCCCGACUACUGGAUCAUGUAUCCUUGGGAAGCUAUGGACAUUGAUGAGCAUGAUGCCCUUGUCGCCAAGCAGAAAGCCAAAUUGUCUGACAAGUCUGCUUAA